AUGCAGAUCCCGAAGCAAAUCUCCAGUCCGGCAGACCCAAAAGAGCCUUCCUUCCUUAACCUUCCGGCCGAGAUUCGCAACCAGAUUUAUGAGCUCUUGUUCACGCGCGAAGAGCCUGUCUUGCUCCACAAUGCCAAAGCAUAUCACGCUAUUCCACCACAGAGAAUCCCUGAUUCCAGCUGGCCCGUUACAGUAGAGGCUUUUGAUGAAGCGUACGAGAACGAGAUUUGUCAGGGUCAAAUCUUCGUCCAUGAUUUCCAGACAGUCACUCCCGCUCUCCUCCUAUGUCGACAGGUAUACGCUGAAGCAGCCGGAUACCUAUACGGCAACAAUACUUUUAUGUUCUCGCGCCCGCUUUAUUGCCACGAUUCUCGCGGCUACGAUGAAGAAGAUGCAGAAUAUGACGACGACUCGUACUUCGUAACAAAUUAUGUGGCCCAGUGGCUGCAGAAUCUGGGCUCUCAACUCAAAUUUCUGAAGGAGGUCCGCAUAGAUGCCGGUGCUUUAUGUCCCGAACGGUGCUACAGAGCACUAGGAGAUGUCUCUAUUCUGAAGCUUUACAAUCAUUUUGAAGAAGAGGACGACAUGGACCGCGCGGGACAUUUACAAAGGAUUUUGAUCGCAAUCAGUACUCAAGACGUCUUGGACUUGAAGCGCUACGCUUUCAAGGGACUGCUUGUCGACAAUAUCGUCCUCUACUCGUCUUUGCUGUAUGGCGGGGUUACUGGACCAAAUUUGAUCCGACAUUUCAGUGCUCUGGAACAAGAAGCUGUGAAAUGGGUAGAGUUCGGAAGUUCUCGCGACUAUCUCGGAAGGUUGCCAACGCUCUUGCAGAGCAAGAUCCUCAGGCUGGUCACAUUUUCAGCUGACCAGAUUGUACUCGAUCUUGACUCGCGCUCAAUACGAGGCCUCAACCCGAUAGGUUUUCAUCUGAGUCGGAAGCUCAGGGAUGCUGUUACAUUCAAUUCAAUACCCUAUGAUACAAGCAUUGUUGUCAGGAAGAGUAUCAGCACUACGACCUCGGAUUCCAAGAACUUUGCCGUUGUCGCCUCGGAGCUGGUUAGUCCAACCGGAAGGAACAGUGGAUACUCGAUAUUCUGGGGGUCUUUCCAAGAAAUUUUCAGCAGCCAUCCAUCUAUAGUCAUCGUCCUCGACUUCGAUAUCGCAACAGCCACCUCCCUGAAGGAGAUCCGUAUAAACAUCAAGGAAGUUGUACCUAUACUGAGCCAUAUCUCCUCCUAUUCCAAGGCAAAAGCUCACUUCGUCCUCAAAUGUCCUUGGGGAAACUCUAUACACCACGAGGAAGUCACGAUUUCGGUGGUAGAGUUGAUACAAAGCCUGUUCCUACUCUUGAGCGAUGUCAGGCAGCAAUGGCCCUCAGAGAUGGCUAAGGCCGGCGGAAGUCAGCUUCCCGAUAUCUGGCUUAAUGGAAAUGGCGUCCUCAUCUUUGCGUCAUACCCGGCAAGCUCACACUCUUCGGAACGCCGUGUAGAGUAUGCGCAUGGUCGACUCACACCUACCGAGAUACGCAACCGAGGGUACAGGAUGGCAAUGGCGACCUAUACGACUUAUAAUCACGGAACCUCUGUAGGAAUGCUGUACAAAUGUUGGAUACAAAUACGUGGCCUUCAUUAUCAGGAUAGGGAUAGGAACAGAGUUUGA